UCAAAGAAAACGAAGAAGAAGAGCAACUGACGCUUGUGAAAUAAGUUCUGACGCGCAAUAAAAAGUUAAAGGUGUUUCGAAAACUUAAUAAAUAUGUGCAUGCGUAUGUGUUCUUAUGAAAUUUAUUCGCAAUGCGCAAUUAACAAAGUUCGUCGAAUAAGAGGAGAAGCAGUAAGUAAACAAACUGGCGAUCAAAGUAAAGUUGACGCUACCCUUGACUUAUUAACUUUGCCAGCGGCGAUUGUCGGCAUUAUUUUCAAAGAAAUUAAACAAGAGCAGCAGCUGCAGCAUAAAUGCAUCGAUUAUGCCGAGUCAGUGCGGAGACCAGCCGGACAUCAAAAUUAAUAUUCUCAGCUAUGCAAUGUAAAAAUGCCAAGAAGCUGCCUCGGAUAAAGUAACGAACGAACGGAGAACAAGCAGAACGAACGUAAAAAAUGAGUUGCUUUGAAGUUUUCAGCAACAAGAUGCCUUUCGGCCAGCAGCAAUAACAGCAGCAAAAACAACAACAACUACAACAAAAAACGAGAGGGAAAAUAAAAUGCAAAAAAUCCAAAAAGGAAACAUGGCAAACGGCAUCCUUCUCAUCAUCAGCAGCAGCAACAGCAGCAGCUAAAGAAGCGCAAGUGAAGGAAAGAAAAUCAAGUUGCGUUGCGUUGCGUUUGCUUCAUCAAUGCCAGAAAUGGCAGAAGUGGAAGAGGAAGCACUGAACUGACUGGCUGAAGUGGAAGAGGAAGAAGUUGCUGCUGCUGGCCUGCAGGGCAAAAGCAACGUUUGCAGUGUGCAUGUAAUUUCUUGAAUUUCGCUGAAAUCACAGCGCGAACUGCGAACUGAAUCAGAGGGAAUGCAAUUUAAGUGCCAUAACAAUGGAGAGAUGCUGCAAAAUGUUGUUAUUGUAUCAAAUGCAAAAGGAGAGCUUAAUAAGCUCUGACCGAAAAGCGCAACCCACUAAUACCUGAAAGUGGGUACAAGAGUGACAGAGAGGGAGAACUACAGCGAACAGUGGCCGCAAAGAGAAUGGCAAACAAAGUAACUGACGUUGCGUUUUUGUGGUUUUGCUUUUACGUUUGCACAAAGAAAACAAAAGCAGAUGCAGCUAUGAAGAUGCAGCGACGUCGUCGUCGAUGCCGACUGCGCAAGCAUGCGAGAGAAGAAGAAGAUGCAAUUGGAUGCUAUAUAUGUGUGCACUGCUUACAUAUUACUCAUGUGUGCCGGAGGCGUUUGUUGUAGAAGGAAGUCGAAACUUUACGGAUACAAUGCAAUGUUAUGUUAUGUUUAUGUUGGCAUACUUAUCGAACACUGUUAUUAACAGCUUGUUAAGCACGUGGAUUUCGCAACGAUAAUUUAUCGAUAUCGACAUGUGGCCAAAGAAAACGAAGAAGAAGAGCAACUGACGCUUGUGAAAUAAGUUCUGCGCAUGCGUGUGUUUCUAAGAAAUUUCGCAAUGCGCAAUUAACAAAGUUCGUCGAAUAAAAGGAAAAGCACGGCGAUUGUCGGCAUUAUUUUCAAAGAAAUUAAACAAGAGCAGCAGCUGCAGCAUAAAUGCGUCGAUUAUGCUGAGUCAGUGCGGAGAUCAGCCGGACAUCAAAAUUAAUAUUUUCAAGUAUGCACAGUAAAAAUCAACAAAAACAUCAACAACAACAACGUCGAGAGCAACAAGAACGACCACAACAAUCACAACAACGAGCAACGACGACUACGACAACAAUGCAAAGCGGCGCGUCAAGUGAAUUAAGCGAUUUUUAAAGCUUUACGCUAAAUGAAAUUUGAAUUGCCAUUUUCUGGAAAUUGGAAAAGUGGAAAGUGUUCACUUGUGUGUGCAAAUUAAAUUACGCAAAACAAAUAAAUGUAAAUCAUUCCUUUCCACCCGCACACUCACUCGCAAACAAAACAAACAACAUCAACAUGUAUGAGAAAUCAAAGUAAAUCUGCGAUAUCCAAAUGCAAAUAUCUAUGAAAUGAAUGCAGAACGCUGUGAAAACUAAAUAACCAAACAACAUUUCGUGUAAUUCAACAAACUGUGUGUGCGUGUGUGUGGGUGUGCAAGUGUGUGUGUGUAUUUUACUAAUUCUGAUUAAACACACAAAUCUGUGAAUAACACACAACACAAAAUGUUUAUCAUUACGGUAAUUAAACUCUUGCUAAUUGCGCUCAACAUAUUUCCAAGCCGUUUCACAAAUCGGCGAAUUAUGUUUCUCAUCUACAUGACGAAUUUAGUGACACAUGUUAUGAUGGAUGAGCCACGCUUUGCACAGCCCAUACCGAAUGUCACCGUUGCCGUCGGCCGUGAUGCGAAUCUGCCCUGUGUGGUCGAGCAUUUGGGUGGCUAUAAGGUGGCCUGGAUACACAUUGAUCGACAGAUGAUACUCACCAUACACAGACACGUUAUAUCAAGGAUACCACGGUACAGUAUUACGUAUACGGACAACACGUGGCUGCUGCACGUGAAUCAGGCGCAUCAGGAUGAUCGCGGCUAUUACAUGUGCCAAGUGAACACCAAUCCCAUGAUUAGCCAGGUGGGCUAUCUGCAGGUUGUAGUGCCACCCAACAUACUGGACAUUGAGAGCACACCAUCUUCGGUGGCGGUGCGUGAAAACCAAAACAUCAACAUGACAUGUCGCGCCGAUGGUUUUCCCACACCAAAAAUCAUUUGGCGACGCGAGGAUGGCGAGGAAAUUGCCGUUGAAAAGAAGAAGAAAGUGCUUGUGUACGAUGGCGAUGUGCUGCCGCUGACCAAAGUGAGCCGCAAUGAGAUGGGUGCCUAUCUGUGCAUUGCCACCAAUGGAGUGCCGCCCUCGGUGUCCAAGCGGAUCAUAUUGGAUGUGGAGUUCUCGCCCAUGAUUUGGGUGCCGAAUCAACUUGUUGGCGCGCCAGCUGGCACAGAUGUAACCAUCGAUUGCCACACGGAGGCGCAUCCCAAAGCCAUCAUCUAUUGGGUGUACAAUUCAGUGAUGGUAUUGCCGAGCAAAAAGUAUAAGACCGACUACACGGAGAACUCAUAUCGUGCACACAUGAAACUGACGAUAAGAAACCUGCAAUAUGGCGACUUUGGCAACUAUCGAUGCAUCUCAAAGAACUCGCUGGGGGAAACGGAAGGCUCCAUACGUGUUUAUGAAAUACCUUUGCCAUCAACACCAUCGAAGCAAGUAACGCACACCACCGUCGAGUCCAGGGAGAGCAACAUUAUACCAGCGUUACGCAACGAUACAACGAAAUCGCUGCAAACGGAUGUGUAUGCAAUGAAAAACGAUUUGUAUACUGGCAGUGGUUCAUCAUUGGCAGCCUCCGGCUCCUCAUCGGCUGCCUCAUCGAGCUCAUCAUCGUCGUCGAUGCAAACCUCGUUGCUGCCCGGCGGCGCCGCCGGCAACAGUUUGUCAGCGUUAAGCGGUGGCGCCGCCGCUGGCGGUCCGGGCAGCAAAGGUUCCCUAGCGAUAGGCAAAAGCAUGUUCUACACCGAGAGACCACCGAAUGAAUAUGCAAGUGCAGCGGCUGGAUUGCUGCAUAGGCUGAGUUGGCUGCUUGCUGGAUUAAUUCUGGCUGCGCUUUGAAAUCAAUAAUUUUGUUUUAGUUACUCGAAGUAAGCAUUUGUGAAAUGCAGCCAAAGGGGGUUCAACACAAACAAAAAAAAAACAAAAAUUGGGGUAGCUUUUAGGGGUCUCUAAAUUGAUUUCGCAGUGCAAGCAGAACAAUGAUGAUCAUGAUGAUGAUGAUGGUAAAAUACAUUUGUUUAUAGCAACAAAAACAAAAACAAUAAUAAUCUAACAUAACUACAUACAUAUAUAUUUAAUUGAGUUUAUUUCGCUCGAAAUAGUUUGUAAAUUGAACUAACGAAAGAACGAGAGAAAUAUUCAAGUAUUUUUUGUCAACAAUAAAAAUGCUCAUUCAAUGUACAAUAUGAAAAACAUAAACAUAAGUGAACACACGUGUAUUUAGAAAUUUAUUUAUAUAUUAUAUUGUAUAUGUAUAAUAAAAGUUAGUAUGAAAUUGUUGAGCUUUGUGCUUGGUCGAGUGUCAGUUUUAGGGCUUAGCAUAUUAUUUUCCCCCAAAAAGAAACGAAAACAAAUUUGCAAAAGCAAAGCUUUUUCUUAUGCAGAAAAAAAAAAUAGAGAGAACGUGAAUUGCAUAGAUACGUUGUAUCUAUGA